UGAUUUCUGUGUUUGUAGCGUAUGUAAUGCGUAGCUUAAACACACAAAUGCUACGAUCAUUUAUAUGCAAACAAAAUGUCAUAAACUUAUACAGAUAUCCAUCCCAAAUUAAAAAUACUAUAGUAAUUUAUAGUAAAGUGUAUUAUACUGUAUAUAUUAUAGUAUUUACAACACUUUGUUAAUGAAUGCUGCAGUAUACUGUAGAAUUAACUAGUGAACUGAUAAACUGUAAUAAAUACUGCAGUAUACUUUAGUUUUUACUACAGUAAAUGGCACUUAAACGCGUUUGAUUCUGCUGCUCAGGAUUCCUGGUUGUUUACCGUGUUUAUACUGUAGUGUACUGUAGUAUAAUAUAGUUGUAGAAAAUGUAGUACAGUAUUGGGUAAAGUCAUUUGUUUACAUUACUACCACAGCAACUAUAGAGUUACCACAACAAAUUAAUUCAAGUACUUUACUAUAGUAUGCUUCAAAAACACUGUAGUAUUUACUAUAAAUGACUAUAGUAUUUUUUCAUGUGGGAUUAUACUCUUUGCAAAAAAUAACCAUGGUUUUAUUAUAGUAAAAUUGUAGUAACCAUGUUUUUUUGGUUGGUUGAUUGAUUACCAUUUAUAUAACCAAUGUUUUGUUACAAAUACCAUGGCCGAACUAUGGUUAGUGUAGAAAAACUGUUACCGUGGUUUAACUACAGUAACCAUGAUUUAUUUAUUUUUUUACUUUAUCUGUAGUAAAACCAUAGUUGAUUUUCGUAAGGGUUGCGUGAGAUUCUGUCCAGUCAGCAUGUUCAGUGGUGUUUGAGUUUGAAUCCUGGACGUUAGAAACGCUUCUGUGGUGUCGACAUUCAGACUGAGUGAAACAACAACUGAAACAUGAUAAUAGAGUAUAAGGUUACAUACAUACGUACAUACAACACUGUGAGAUAACACACUCUCUCACACACACACACACACACACUCACACACACACACACACACACACACACACACACACACACACACACACACACACACACACACACACACACACACACACACACACACACACUCACACACACACACACACUCACACACUCACACACUCACACACACACACACACACACUCACUCACACACACUCACACACACACACUCACACACACACACACUCACACACUCACACACACUCACACACUCACACACUGACACACACACACACUCACACACUCACACACACCACACAGUGGGAUCGGAGGUGAAUUAGGUGUGUUUUCCGCCAUGCGACUCGUGAGCUCUCCGGCCGACCCCUCGGCCGGGCCCCGGGCCCUGUGGCUCCCGCUGGACUUCAGUCUGGGUGCGCUGGCGUGCUGCGGCGCGUGUGUGUUGACGAACCCGCUGGAGGUGGUGAAGACGCGGCUGCAGCUGCAGGGGGAGCUGGCGGCGCAGGGCUCGUACCGGCGGCUGUACCGCGGUGUGAUGCAGGCGCUGUGGCUGGUGGCCGGCGCUGACGGACUCCGCGGCCUGCAGAAGGGCCUGACCGCGGCGCUGCUGUACCAGGGCCUGAUGAACGGCGUGCGGCUCGGGUUCUACUCCUACACGGAGGCCUCGGGGCUCACGGACGCAGCGGGCGGGCGUCUGGUCGCAGGAGCCGCCGCCGGAGCGCUGGGCGCGUUUAUCGCCUCGCCCGCAUAUCUGGUGAAGACACACCUGCAGGCGCAGACAGUGACGGCCAUCGCAGUCGGACACCAGCACAACCAUCAGGGCGUGUUGAGCGCGUUUGUCUCCAUCUACCGGCGGGAGGGUGUGACGGGUCUGUGGCGGGGCGUUAACGGGGCCGUCCCCAGGGUCAUGGUGGGGUCAGCGGCUCAACUGGCCACGUUCAGCUCGUCUAAAGACUGGGUUACACGCGCCCAGUGGUUUGAUCCUCACAGCUGGCUCGCUGCGCUCACUGCCGCCAUGAUCAGCGGGGUCGCCGUGGCGAUUACCAUGACGCCGUUUGAUGUCAUCAGCACACGCCUGUACAACCAACCGGUGGACGAGUUUAAAAGGGGGCGUCUGUACUGCGGGUUUGUGGACUGUCUGAUGAAGGUUUGCGCUACUGAGGGGAUCAUGGGUCUGUAUAAAGGAAUGACGCCAGUGUUUGUGCGUCUGGCUCCUCAUACGGUUCUCAGUAUGCUCAUAUGGGACGUCCUGAGACAACAAGCGCUGCUGUACACGCACUGAUUCACCACACAUGACCCGGAGCGGGUGUGAAUUCUGCUCUGGAGUUUUUAUUGUCAUUACGCUUUCACUGAAACGGACUCUUGAAAUGCAGUUGAAGAGGAUCAUGGGAAGAACGGUUUUACCUCACUGGUGUGUGUCUUAUCUCUGAUAUAACCCUGUAAAGACUCUUUGUAUUUUUUAAUUUGUAGUUUAUUAUUAAAGUUUUUACUGACUGA